AUGGCCAAGGCUUUGCGCCAUCGCGGUCCCGAUUGGAGUGGAAACUUCAUCUCCGAGGGUACUCAGGGAACCGUCCUUGCCCACGAGCGUCUGAGUAUCGUUGGUGUCGAUUCCGGUGCCCAGCCCCUGGUCAACGACGAUGGCUCCCUCGCCCUCGCCGUCAACGGCGAGAUCUACAACCACCGUAUCUUGAGAAAGCAGCUCAAGACCCAAUAUACCUUCAAGACCCACUCGGAUUGCGAAGUGAUCAUCCCUCUGUACAUGGAGCAUGGCCUCGAUGCCCCCAAAUACCUGGACGGCAUGUUCUCCUGGGUUCUGUAUGACAAGAAGGAGGACCGCGUGAUCGCUGCGCGCGACCCCAUCGGUAUCACCAGCUUCUACAUCGGCUGGUCUUCUCAGACUCCUGGUGCUGUCUUCUUCGGCUCCGAGCUGAAGUCGUUGCACCCCGUUUGCGACAAGAUCGAGGCUUUUCCUCCUGGCCACGUUUAUGACUCCAAGACCGGCGCUAUGAAGCGGUACUUCGAGCCCAACUGGUGGGACGCUGAGAAGAUCCCGUCCACUCCUGUCGACUAUAAGGUCAUCCGUCAUUCCUUGGAGAAGUCCGUGCGGAAGCGCCUGAUGGCUGAGGUUCCUUACGGUGUGCUGCUCUCCGGUGGUCUGGAUUCCAGUCUGGUUGCCUCGAUUGCUCAGCGUGAGAACCUGCGCUCGCAAGAAGCUGCUAAGCAGGCGCUUGAGAACCAGACGGGCGACUCCGAACUGGUCGGUAUUGACGACAGCAACGAAUUGUCCAGCGUCACUACUUUCCAGCAACUGCACUCUUUCUCCAUCGGUCUUCCCGGUGCCCCCGACACGGAAGCGGCCCUCGAGGUCGCCAAGUUCCUCGGAACGAAGCACCACGCUUUCACCUUCACCAUCGAGGACGGUCUCAACGCUCUGUCGGAUGUCAUCUACCACCUGGAGACGUAUGAUGUCACCACCAUCCGUGCCUCCACUCCCAUGUAUCUGCUCAGCCGAAAGAUCAAGGCCAUGGGUGUCAAGAUGGUUCUGAGCGGAGAGGGUAGCGACGAGAUCUUCGGUGGCUACCUUUACUUCCACGCUGCUCCCAACCGCGAGGAGUUCCACAAGGAAACCGUCCGGAGAGUGAAGAACCUGCACUUGGCGGACUGCCUGCGCGCCAACAAGUCCACUUCCGCUUGGGGUCUGGAGGCCCGUGUGCCCUUCUUGGACAAGGAGUUCCUCGAGGUCACCAUGGGCACGGAUGCCAAGGACAAGAUGAUCACCGGAGACCGCAUCGAGAAGUACAUCCUGCGCAAGGCCUUCGACACCACCGACGAGCCGGACAACAAGCCCUACCUGCCCGAGAAGAUCCUCUGGCGCCAGAAGGAGCAGUUCAGUGACGGCGUGGGCUACAGCUGGAUCGACGGUCUCAAGGACCAGGCCGAGAAGCAGGUGACCGACGAGAUGAUGAAGAACCCCAAGCCCGAGUGGGGUAACGACAUUCCCGACACCAAGGAAGCGUACUGGUACCGCACGAUGUUCGACGAGCAUUUCCCGCCCUACUGUGCCGGCACAGUCGAACGUUGGGUUCCCAAGUGGUCGAAGCAGACCGAUCCCAGUGGAAGAGCCAUUUCCACCCACAACGCCAAGUACGACAAUGCCGAGUGGAAGCGGAACGGCGGUCAAGGGAGGAAAGAUGGAAAGGAGUGCUCCGUCUGGAGUUCUGGCGUCGAGGUGAAAACAAACCGCUGGUCCAUGCCAAACGCUGCCCAGUGCUCGGCUGAGUCAGACUGCAAGCCCCAGGCAUCGAAGUCACGGGACUUUGCGGCUUUUGCCGGCAGCCGGGCGCCAGCCAAUCAGAGGGGCAACCGGUUCCCGUGGCUUUCCCCAUUGUUUGGCGACUCUCAACCUCAUCUUUCCCCCAUCGCUUUUCUCUCCUUCCCUUCCCUCUUUUCCCUCCCCCAUCAUCCUUCUUACUUCCAUUCUCAAUCCGACGUCAUCCCCCUAACGUCCCUCCCUCUUUUCAAAAUGUCUGCUCCUGCUGCUUUCUCCGACAUCGCCAAGGCGGCCAACGAUCUCCUUAACAAGGAUUUCUACCACACCGCGGCUGCCAGCCUCGAGGUUAAGUCCAAGGCCCCCAAUGGCGUCACCUUCAACGUCAAGGGCAAGUCCGCCCACGAGGGUCCCAUCGCCGGCACUCUUGAGGCCAAAUACGUCGACAAGCCUACCGGUAAACGCCCCCUACGACGCAGACCACCCGACCCCAAUUGCACACCGCUGCGCAAGUACAAACCCAUGGAGUUCAUGUUUUCGUGUGGCCUCACCCUCACCCAGGCUUGGACUACCGCCAACGCCCUCGACACCAAGCUCGAGCUGGACAACAACAUCGCUAAGGGCCUGAAGGCUGAGAUCCUCACCCAGUACCAGCCCGCCAAGCAGUCCAAGGGCGCCAAGCUCAACCUCCACUUCAAGCAGCCCAACCUGCACGCCCGUGCUUUCUUCGACCUGCUCAACGGUCCCUCCGCCAACUUCGACGCUGUCCUGGGCCACGAGGGUUUCCUCGUCGGUGCUGAGGGUGGCUACGACGUCCAGAAGGCCGCCAUCACCAAGUACUCCGCUGCCGUUGGCUACAGCGUUCCCCAGUACACCGCUGCCAUCACCGCCGGCAACAACCUGACCGUCUUCGCCGCCAGCUACUACCACCGCGUUAACGCUCAGGUUGAGGCCGGUGCCAAGGCUACCUGGGACUCCAAGGUCGGCAACUCCGUCGGCCUUGAGGUUGCCAGCAAGUACCGCCUGGACCCCUCUUCCUUCGCCAAGGCCAAGAUCAACGACCGUGGUAUUGCCGCUCUGGCCUACAACGUUCUCCUCCGCCCCGGUGUCACCCUCGGCCUCGGUGCUUCCUUCGAUACCCAGAACCUCAACCAGGCUGCCCACAAGGUUGGCGGCAGCUUCACCUUUGAGGCUUAA